AUGAGCAAAGCGUUGGCCGUCAAGGAGGCCGUCAAGGAGAGCCUUCUUGGCGCUGAAGAGCCCGUUCAGCUGUCUGCCCAGACAAAGGCCAGAUUCGUCGCCAAUGCCGUCAAGGAUGAGUCGUCAGAAGAGCUCUUGAUGGGCCCUGAGCAAUUCAUCAACGCUGUCGCGCCCGCCGACGAGGACUUUCACAAAAUCAAGCGCGAACAGUAUGGAAUUCUGUUUGGCGUCGCCGACCGCAAGGGCAGCGGAAAGAUUACCCUCUCCGAAUGGGCCGCCUUCGAAAACCUUUUGAUGAAGCCCGACGCCGAGUACGAGAUUGCCUUUCGCCUUUUCGAUGUCGACAGAACCGGCAACGUCAAAUACGAGGACUUUCGAAAGCUCUACGAGCUUAAUAAGGGACCCGACAGCAUCCCCUUCGACUGGGAGUGCGAGUGGGCUAAGCUAUACAUCGGCAGCAAAAAGAAGCGCCACCACAUGGACUAUCCCCAGUUCUCCCAGAUGUUGCGUGGUCUUCAGGGCGAGAGAAUCCGUCAGGCCUUUCAACUCUUUGACAAGGAUGGCGACGGCUUUAUCGACCCCGAGGACUUUGAGCGCAUCAUCCGCGAGACCUCCAAGCACAAACUGUCUGACCACUUGCUUGAGAACCUUUCCACCCUCUGCAACAUCUCGCUCGGCAGCAAGGUCUCGUACGCCAACGUGCGCGCUUUCCAGAACAUGAUCAAGGAAAUUGACCUCGUCGAGCUCAUCGUGCGCCGCGCUUGCGCCAAGAGCCCCGACGGUAAGAUCACCAGGACCGAGUUCCUCAACCAGGCCGCCAAAAUUACUCGCUUUUCCCUCUUCACCCCCAUGGAAGCCGACAUCCUCUUCCAUUUCGCCAGCCUUGAUGAGCCCUCGGGCCGCCUCGGCCUUGGGGAUUUCGCCAAAGUCCUUGAUCCGUCAUGGAGAAACGCCAUCUCCGAGGCUGCUGACGAGGCGGCUCAGCGUGCUCUUGCCAAGGGAGCCACAGCCAGCAAGGCAUUUCUGAGCCGGGUCCUAGAGUCUACCUACAACUUUGGCCUGGGUAGUUUGGCCGGUGCCUUCGGCGCCUUCAUGGUCUACCCCAUUGACCUCGUCAAGACGCGUCUCCAGAACCAGAGAGGCGCGAGACCCGGAGAGAGGCUGUACAAGAACUCUAUCGACUGCUUCCAGAAGGUGUGGAGAAAUGAGGGUUUGCGCGGCCUGUACUCGGGUGUUCUGCCCCAGCUGGUCGGCGUUGCGCCUGAGAAGGCCAUCAAGCUGACGGUCAAUGACCUCGUGCGCACCUACUUUACCAACAAGGAGGGCAAGAUUUGGUACGGACACGAAAUCCUGGCUGGUGGUACAGCCGGUGGUUGCCAAGUUGUCUUCACCAACCCCCUCGAAAUCGUCAAAAUUCGUCUUCAGGUCCAGGGUGAGGUCGCCAAGACUGUUGAGGGCGCACCUAAGAGGUCGGCCAUGUGGAUUGUGCGCAACUUGGGUCUUGUUGGCCUGUACAAGGGUGCUUCCGCCUGCCUCCUCCGCGACGUGCCCUUUUCCGCCAUCUACUUCCCGACCUAUGCCCACUUGAAGAAGGACAUGUUCGGCGAGUCGCCUACGAAGAAGCUGGGUAUUGUUCAGCUUCUUACUGCUGGCGCCAUCGCCGGUAUGCCUGCUGCAUACCUCACGACGCCAUGCGACGUGAUCAAAACCCGUCUUCAGGUCGAGGCGCGCAAGGGCGAGGCGACUUACACCGGCCUUCGCCAUGCCGCAAAGACCAUUUGGAAGGAGGAGGGUUUCCGCGCCUUCUUCAAGGGCGGUCCCGCUAGAAUCUUCCGUUCAUCUCCUCAAUUCGGUUUCACCCUCGCCGCAUACGAGGUCCUGCAGAGCGCUAUUCCUUACCCCGGCGGAACGGACUCCAAGGUUCACACCGGUGUCGGCGAAGCUGUCUCGACUCUGAGGGAAAAGCUGGACACCAGCCCCUUCGCGCGCAGCCGAAACGCGCUGAAGGUCAUUCUUGAUAUCGACGAGGACUUUGGUAAGGUCAAGGUGCCGAGUCAAGAAUCUUGGAAGAAGCUGCCUGCUUUCAUGCAGACCAACGGCAAUGAAUCAUCAUGA